AUGAAAAAUUUCUUCGAGACCAAGAAGCGCCAGAAAAAUAACCGUCACUCUCCUCAGCUACCAGUCCAACGGAGAAGAAAGCGACUGCUUGGUGAGCGGAUCGGUUACUCACCCGACCAUCCUCCCCUCCGUGGACCUUCUUCCUCAGACAUCUACAGUAGGGACACUUCUGGCGGUGCUGCUGCUUCGACCAGUAGGGACACUUCGGGCGGUACUGCUGCUGCCGCUACGACUUCGUCUUCGAGCGCUUCGCAGGUGCGGGAGGAGGAGGACGAUGACAAUCAGUACCAGCAACACACGCAUUUCCGGCAUCCAGAGCUGGAGCAAAACCACGAAAUCGGCACUUCUUACGGCGGAAAUGUGCCGGCGUUCGAUGAGGUGUCGACGCUGAUUACGGAUGAAUCGUGGUCCUGCAUUGUCGUCCUCCACUUCUGGUUCUUCGUGUCGAUGACUUUGAUUUUGGGAGUUUACGGGUCUUCGAGUUUAGAGCUUGGCCCUAAUAGCUCAAUUCUUCUGCAACCGAACCCAUUUUUUGUGCAGUCUAUAAAGGUAGAAGAGCUGAACGUAUCAAGUUCUGGGCCUGUACUAUAUGGUUUCUACAGUACUCCACCUCUUGAUACUGCUACCACUUGGUCCGAAACACAUACUGUCUCGGUUCCAGCUGAUUCUCAUACGGAAUGGAUAUAUUACCUAAAUGCGGGAUCUCAAAUGAGUAUUUCAUACAGCGUGAACUCUCCGAGCUUCUCUAUUUUUCUUAUUAUUGCUCAAGGUAAAGAAGGCCUUGCUCAGUGGCUCGAAGAACCAACAUAUCCUAAUACUUCUUUAUCAUGGAACCUCAUUCAUGGAAGUGGUAUGAUCGAGCAGGACCUAUCAAAGUCUUCUGCCUACUAUGUUUCUGUGGGUAACUUGAACGCAGAGGAUGUGGAGGUACAAUUAAACAUCACAGUGAAUGCUUUAUUGUACAAUACAAAUUCGGCUUAUUACAAAUGUACUUUCACGGAUGAAUCCUGUACUUUGAAAAUUUUGUUUCCGGAGGGAAAUGCAGCUGUGUUGACCACUCCUGGUCCAGAGCAGGAUACACCUUCUGCAAACCAGUAUGUCAAACUAUCAUAUGGACCAAGAUGGGUCACAUAUAUUGUUGGUAUAGGUGGGAUGACUGUGCUCAUGUUCUUGGCCUUCAACUUCUUAAACAAGUGCCAAGGUACCAAUGAAGAUGGAAUAAGAGUACGACAUGAUGAGUUCAGAUCUGAGAGAGCCCCAUUGCUUUCCUACAAAGAUGAUGAUCAAUCAAGUUGGGGCUCAUCUUAUGAUUCUGCCUCAAAUGAUGAGGGGGAUCUUGAAGACUUUCUGGCAGGAGAAGGGAAGUCGUCAAGAGAUGGUGAAAGUAAUAAUACUCGUCGUCUUUGUGCAAUCUGCUUUGAUGCUCCUAGGGACUGCUUUUUCCUUCCCUGCGGGCAUUGUGUGGCUUGUUUUGAGUGUGCAACAAGGAUAGCAGAGGCAGCUGCUACUUGUCCAAUUUGUCGGAGGAACAUAAAGAAGGUGAGGAAGAUCUUUACAGUUUAGUAAUACAAAUCUCCUUGUAACACUGGUAUGCGCUAUUCUUUACUACCUGUCAAUAUAACUGAUCAGAGCUCAGCUGGUUACCUAGGUAGUUUCUAAGUGUGGAUUGGCCGUGCCUUGUCGCUUUACAACGGCUUUCCCUUAUGUAUUAUUGUUUCCGGGUAUAGAAAGCCUCAAUACACCUAAAUAGGAUAAAGAAUUCAAAGGUCUCGAUUCUUUUCUUUCCCCACGUUGUAGGUUGGGUUAAGUUACUCGAUUUUCUGUUGCAAUCUUCAAUGAUAUUAAUGUUGGUGAUGCAUAUUGUUUGUUCAA